UAACCUGUGUUUGUGGUAACUUUUCAAUUUAGGUUUUGCAGGAAGUGCUUCUUGACAGCGAUCAGAGAAAGUGGAACACAUUGUCCUCUCUGCCGGGGGAGCGUGACUAAAAAAGAAAGAACAUAUCCCAAAAGGGCUCUAGAUGUUGAAAACAGUAUGAAGAAAGCUUCUGGGGGCUGUAGAUGCUGUGAGAAGCAGGUUAGAUUUUCAUGGAUGAGACAGCAUUAUAAAACGUGUAAGAAGUAUCAGGAUGAAUAUGGUGUUUCUUCUAUUAUUCCAAACUUACAGAUUUCCCAAGAUUCAACAGGGAACAGUAGCAGGAGUGAUGCAAUAUCUGAUAAUGGCGAGAUGGCUAAUAAUCAAAUACUUCAAGGAGAAACAAGUGGACAUCCAACCUUCAAAUGCCCCCUGUGUCAGGAGUCCAAUUUUACCAGACAGCGUUUGCUGGAUCACUGUAAUAAUAGACACCUUUAUCAGAUAGUUCCUGUAAUCUGUCCUAUUUGUGUAUCUCUUCCUUGGGCAGAUACUAACCAGGUUACUAGAAAUCUUGUUAGCCAUCUAAAUCUAAGACACCGUUUUGACUACGGAGAAUUUGUGAAUCUUCAGCUUGAUGAAGAAGCCCAAUACCAAAAUGCAGUUCAAGAAUCCUGUCACGUGAACUUUUAAAGUGUAGCCCCUCUUCAUCUUGCCGAUUAACUGAGAGAAAAAUUACAUUAAUUCUGUUGGUGAUCUGAAGUGUAUAUUAAUGCAAAUGGUAUUCAGUAACCAUUUUUUCAGGCUGAACUUUUUUCCACGCUCAUAAGGACUUUUCAUAAAUGAUUUUGCUGAAACUCAAACUUCACAUCUACUGAGAUCUGUCCCUGUGGAAUUAGGGACGUUUUUGAAACUUCUCACUGUUGUCUUGAUCUUCUCUAACUUUUACUACUCUGUUAAUUACAGUUUCUUUUAUUAAUGUCAGAUAUUUUAAUUCACAAAACCAACUGUGAAAGUAGUAUCUUUAGAAAGACAUGCAAAGAUGCUCUGUUGCCGUGUUGAGUUUCUUUGAGUUCAGCUGUCAUCUGCUAAGAUAUCUAUGAGAUGGUAAUUUUUUUUCUCCUACUGCCCAAGGACAGACUUUUAUUUGAUGUUGUGAUUUGUUUUUUUACCAUGACUAUGUGAACGAAAAUAACAACUACUUAAGAAAUAAAAAUAUUUCUUCUCUAUAGACCAACAAUGCAGAGCAGGUUUUUUUCACCCUACAUUGAGAAAGAAUGAUGCCAUUUUCCAGGAAUAAUUACAUCUAUUUUUUCCCCUUUUGGAGCAUAACUGAAAUAGGACCUUUGCUUACUGAAGUGAUGGGUGAGGAGUUUUCCCUGUACUCUCAACUACUAAGAGAGAUGGUCCCUCAACAUACUUUCUGAGCAAUUCAAGAUGACAUGCAAAAAGUAUACUUUUUUGGUAUAUGACUGUGACCAGCUAGUUUUUCAUUCUGUUGGAGCUUUUUCAGAACUUCUGUUGUUGCAUUUGGAAUUCAAAUUUUGGUCUGUUUUGUCUUUCAUGGAAGGCUGUGUAACUACAGAACUAAUUGGCUUCAGACCUAUCAACACUCAGAAAAAUGAAAUUGUUUCUUUUAGUAAGACUGUUUAAAACUCGGACAUCUUCUGCAUCCAAAGGCUUUGAAAAAACAGUUGCAAGAAAAACUUGCUCUAAAAUAGUUACCAAAAUAUUUUAAGAGUUCUUAUUCUAGACUUUCACAUUCCCAGCAAGACUGUCAUUAAAAUUGGAGAAAACAGAGCAAUAAUGCAAUUUUUAAUUUAAAUGGAAAAUCCAUUUGUAAAAGAACUUUCAGGUCUUUUAUUUAAUAUAAGUGGGGAGAAGGAGAAAGCAAGCUGCACAGAUAAUAUAUUUUGUAGGUUUAAAUAGAGACUGUUCUGAAUGUACACCUUUUAGGACUGAUUCUUCAUCCCGUGUCGCCACAGGCCAUUGUCAAACUGCUGUUCUUAAUGGGUAUUGUACACCUGGUGGAGAACAUCCACAGUGAUUUUCCUGCUUUAAUCGGUGGCUUAUGUGUAAUAAUAUUGGUUGUGCAGCCAAAGUCCAAUCUGCUUCUUGUGUCCUGGCUCCCAUUUGCUCUCCAAAUAGAGGUUUUGAUUAUUCUUUGACUACUAAGGUAACUGGUAAGGUCGAAAUGCCUUGUUCUGCAAUGUAAUGGGUUUCAGAACUGAAUCUUAAUUCUAAGAUGUUGAGUGUUGGAACUGAAACACUGUACACUGUAACUUGAUAUUUCUAUCUUCUGGUUUUUGAGAGUGUAAAACAUUACUGAAGGCAUAACUGGUUAAAAUCCAGAGAAGGUUGACUAUUUCAGCAAUGUCUAAAGGUUAUAUCCUUUUUAUAACAACUGAACAUGUCUUGCGUUUUGUUACUGGCUUAAUACAGUAUUUUGGCAGCAGGCCAUGCUUUGAUCUUGUACUCCAGCUUCCCUGUUUGCCCCCAGUGCUCUUGUCUGCCUAUUCUCACUCCUCUGUCAGCUCUAGUGCUUGCGGGACCACAUAGUGAUGUGGAGCAGUUCACUGAUCCAGCUGAAAAGGCUGUUUGGACUUUUUACUUUCUCUUUUCCUCUAUAAAGCCGACUAUGAAAUAGUGCCCUUUGACAGAAGGGAAUUUCAAGGUAGCCUGAUGCUAAAGUUUUAGCUUUUUAAAAUAAGAACGCAUACCGUGGUGAUUUUUAUUACUGCAUACAUUUCCUAAGGAUUUUAAUAGUUCUAUGUAAGUUUAGUUAACUUUUUUAGAUUCAAUAAAAUAUUUAUAUGAUCUGGCAAUAAAUGCCUACAGCCAAUACAGAUUCAGAAUGCCUCAUGGACACUGGAACUAGCUAUUUCUAUUACUUGAACAUAUCUUGAGAAUUGCAAAUGAAAUUACAUCUAUUUUAAAACUCUGGGAAACAAAUUUUUCUAUAGCAAUAAUUAGUUGUCACUUGAUGCGUAGUUGCUGAGCAUUUUAGUCAUGUUUAAAUGUUGAGAGACUUGAAUACACAUUUUAAAGCAACAAAUGUGUAUAAAUGCAAUAUUAAAAACAAACUUGCAAAAUGUUUAUCCUCUUUGCAUUUGUUAAAAUCUGUAUUGGCAGGCGCUGCCUUGCUUAAGAUUUUAUACUUUUAAUAUGAAGAGAUUGCAUCCAAUACAUUCACUAGGUAAGCGUUUUAAGGAAAAUGAAAUAAUUAUUUAAAUAUGCUGCUGCUGGUCAUGAUCUUUCUCACUGAAACUCAGAUAUGCACAAAAAGCUGUGUAUUUGUGAUGGGUGAUGCUUGUACUCGAAACACGCAGUCUUUACUGGAAGAUUGCUGUUUAACAAAUGUUUUCAUGUUCACGUUGCAUUGUGUAUUGUUUUAAUAUGGUAUAUUAUGUUUGAAUUGUACCUUCUAUUUUUUCUCCUAUUAAAGUAUUUUAUUUUCUGUUUGUCUCUUUGUUGCAUAAUAAAGAUGAUCAGUCCCCUUGAUGCUA